GAAAGUCACGCCCCCUUACUAUCUGCGCCCAGUCAUAACCCUUUCACUGUAAAUAAGCUUCGGUAGAUUAGCGCAUAGGCUACGUGCGAAGCCUGGGACCACACUGAGAGCCACUUUUAACAGUCACCAUGGUGCCGGUCACUGAUGAGUAUGGAUAUGUGGUACUCACAGGAUGUAGUACAUUCUUCCUUAUGUCAUACCUCUCACAUAAUGUGGUCAAAGCUCGCAUAAAGUACAACGUGCAGUACCCUAAACUAUACAGUGAUAAUCCGGAGACCGGAGAAAUCUUCAACUGCAUCCAGAGGGCACAUCAGAACACAAAUGAGGCCCUUAUGCCUUUCUAUUUCUUCCUGGCUGUUGGAGGCAUUCCACAUCCACGUAUAGCCAGUACCCUGGGAAUGACCUGGAUUAUCAGCAGGGUGAUAUUUGCCAAAGGCUAUUAUACUGGAGACCCUUCUAAAAGGAGACGUGGAGCAUUUGGGGACCUCGCACUCGUCGGACUCUUCCUGACUGCUGUGAAUUGUGGGAGACUUAUGCUGGGCUGGGGCUGGAAAUGAAUAACCAAUGUUCAAGACAGAUCAAUGUGAUUGACCGUGCAGUGAAUUGACCAGUUGUGCCCAAUGCCAAUCGUUUUGACUGGGAAAGUCAUGGACACCAGCGGCACCUGUUCUAUCUCACCCUGUGUUUAUACCCUGUUGGAAUUAACGGAGGUGGAUGUUGUGCUAAUUCAGUGUUUGAAGAAAUUAUUUGCUAUGUUUGUGAACUGAUUGUGAUGCUUCUACAGGGCACCUUCAUGUAACAUUUGGUUUAAAAUUCCUUGCAAAUUAUAGACUUGCGACCAAAACAUUUUUCUGCUCAGUAUCAAGUGAUUUAAAUCUUUGACUUUAAUGACUUAAAUCUUCGACUUUAAUGACUUAAAAGGGGUGUGCAGACCAUGUAUCCAGCACAGAGCAAGUAAUAAAAGCUAUUUCUAAAAA